GCAGAGCGGUGCAGGAGGGCAGGAUGUGCGACCGUAACAGCGGGCGGCGACUCCGGCAGUGGCUGAUCGAGCAGAUCGACAGCGAGAUGUACCCUGGGCUCAUCUGGGAGAAUGAGGAGAAAACCAUGUUCCGCAUCCCCUGGAAACACGCUGGGAAGCAGGACUACAACCAGGAGGUGGAUGCCUCCAUUUUCAAGGCCUGGGCUGUUUUCAAAGGCAAGUUCAAAGAAGGUGACAAAGCGGAGCCGGCCACGUGGAAGACACGACUGCGCUGUGCCUUGAACAAGAGCCCCGACUUUGAGGAGGUGACAGACAGGUCCCAGCUGGACAUCUCCGAGCCCUACAAAGUCUACAGGAUUGUGCCGGAGGAGGAACAGAAAUGCAAAGCGGGCAUUGCCAAUGGGAGCGGCCUGAAUGACGUCACAGAGAUGGACUGCAGUUCCUCUGCAAUCGAUGAGCUCAUUAAAGAGGGCAGGGGCUGUCCAAGGCAUCAAACCCACUCUGGUCUCACACAGCCCCCCAGCGUAGAUGAAUAUCUGGGGAUCAUCAAGAGAAGCCCCUCGCCCCCCCAGGAGACCUGCAGGAACCCCCCGAUACCCGACUGGUGGGUGCAGCAGCCCAGCCCUGCGUUGCCCCUGAUGAACGGAUACUCUGGCUAUGAGCAGCAUCAUUCAGGUUACUCCCAGAUGGUGAUCAACUUCUUCUACAGUGGGAGGCUGGUGGGCCACAUCACCACCUCGUGCACCGAGGGCUGCCGGAUCUCGCUCAGCCAGCCCUCCAGCCAUGGUGAGAAGCUGUAUGCCCCAGAUGCCCUGGAGCAUGUGCGGUUCCCUUCGGCUGACACCAUCCAGAAUGACCGCCAGAAGCAGAUCACCAGGAAGCUCUUUGGGCACCUGGAGAGGGGUGUCCUGCUGCACAGCAACAAGCAAGGCAUCUUCAUCAAGAGGCUGUGCCAGGGUAGGGUCUUCUGGAGUGGGAACACCAUGGUCUACAAGGACAGGCCCAACAAACUGGACCGGGAUGAGGUGGUGAAGAUAUUUGACACCAGCUUGUUCUUCAGAGAGCUGCAGCAGUUCUACAACAACCAGGGCCGCUUCCCAGACAGCAGAGUCAUACUGUGCUUUGGAGAGGAGUUCCCAGACACAGUGCCCCUGCGGUAUAAGCUCAUCCUUGUCCAGGUGGAGCAGCUGUGUGUCAGGCAGAUGGUGGAGGAGGCUGGGAAGACCUGCAGCAGCAGCCCCAUGCUCCCCAUAGCUGAUGAGACACAGCAUGACCAGGUGUACAGGAUCUUCCAGGACAUCUGUGGGAUGCACCAGCGGCCACUCUUCAGAGAAAACCAACAGAUUGCUGUCUGAGCCUCCUUCUCUGCAGACAUAGCAUGGUGGUUUGGGUUGAUCUAGACCCAGUUUGGUCCCACUAGUGCCUAAAUUUCCCUUUUGGAAAGUUGGUUCUUGUUCUUUGAUUCCAGUCCAGAGUCUGUAUAAAUACAGCAGUAAAAAUUGCCAUGAGAAAGUAGGUUGGAUGCUUAGGGUCUGUCCUGCAGACACUUUACUGAUAGAAAUGACUUUUGUACAAGCAGGGUAGUCCAUGUCCUGUUGUCUAUAGCUAAUGGCAGGGGGAGGAGGAGGAAGGUCUGAGCUGUGUGUGAAGGUUAGGGCUGGGAGGGCUUUGUGUUGCCUUUGUUUAUGGCCAGUCAAGCAGAACUCAAAAUCAACAGCUAUAAUAACCUGCCCCACCGGUCUGUGACUUGGACCUUGUUCAGAAUAGUGAUUUGGUAGGAGGUGACUCUUGGAAAAGCCUUAAAAUGCUCAAAUGUAGGGAAUUCUCAAAUAUCAGGUUUUUUUCCCCAGAGUGUCCUGUUGAUAGAGGAUAGAGUAUGCCUUCCAAGGAGACCCUUCUGAAAUUCCUCUGUAUUUUUGCUAUGAGGUUUAUAUGUUUAUCUGUAAUACCAAAGUAUUUUGAAAUUUGGAAACCAAUGCAGAGAUUAUAUAUGUAAAUGUUGAACAUAAGAACCUAGGAAUCUUAAUUUUUCCUAACAGGAGUUUAUAUAAAUAUAUAAUAUCUUUAAUUUUAAAGAUAGCAGCAUAGUGUGAAUAAGUUGGCUUCACCCUCCCAAACACACAUGUUGGUCUCUCCCAAGCGUGACCAGGCAGCGGCAUCCAUGUGUAAAUCCUCAUUAACAUGGUUUGUGUGUGCACCCGGCGCUGGGGAGCUGCUUGCAGCUGACACAAACCAGGACUGCACACGUGUGCGUGCUACUAAGCUGCCUAUUUAUUUUAUGCCUGAGGUUUAUUAAAUUUUUUUUGUAAUUUUUUUAAUGUUACUGCAAUUAAAGUGCUAUAUUUUGUA